GCCAGUGCCCACAAAGCGAGCUUGUUACUCGACAGCCGACCAUCAAGAUGGGCAUUUCGUGGUCACGACUGAUGCGCAUGUGGUGGGGCGAUACUCCCGCGCAGGACGGUUAUACCGAAUCUUCGCUUCCAUCAACGACCAAGGAGGCCGUCUCGGACCAACAGGACGUCAAGGAGCAAGAGCCUCCCAGUGUUCCCUGUACGAUGGAGCUCCGCCUUAUGACUGAGACAGACUCGCCCUCUAGGGCCCCGAACGCCUACACCAUCUCAAUCGACGGCAAGCACUGGACGCUCAGCGAGCCGCUCGACAUCAACUCCGAGACCCUGCCCCAAUACGUGUGCGUGUCCUACGUCUGGGGCUCCGGACGCGUCCCCAAUCCCGUCCACCCCUCUAUCGAGAUGUCCGACCGCACGCUCGCCGCAUUCGCUGCCACCGCGCGCUGCAUCCCCCGGCGCCCCAUCUGGAUCGACGCGUUCUGCGUGCCCACCGAACGCGCGAAGAAGCGCGCGACGCUCGAGAGCCUCGGUUUCCUCUUCGCGCGCGCCGACGCUGUCGUCUCCGUGCUCGCGCCCGAGUCCCUCACCGCGGUCGAGGAGAUGCGGGACUUCCUCGUGAUCACGCCCCGCCCCGCGAAGACGCCCUCCGCCCCGCUCGACGUGCUCGAGGCCGACGAGUGGAUCCGGAGCGUCUGGACGUACCAGGAGCUUGUGAACAGCCGCUCGCUAUGGUUCACCGCCCACACGCCCGAAGGCGCCGCCCCGCAGCAAUCGGUCCCCGGGAUGCAGGUCCUCAACACCGUGGGCGAAUACAUCGACCGCUGGGGGCGCUCGGACAAGCUCACGCUGCACAACGGGAUCCGCCUCUUCUACCCGCACGCGGACAACUUCCAGGAGCUGCUCGCGGACUGGGUGACGUCCGACUACGGGCACCGCUCCGCGCUGCGCAUCAUCUGCGGGAUGGACUACCGCGCGCACAUCACGCCGCAGAACCGGUUCUACAGCAUGAUUGGGGCGCUCACUGCGCGUCCCUCCGCGCGCGCGACGAGCCCGACGGUGACGCAGCUCGCGGAGCGCUUUAUGGAGCUCUCCGAGGAGAAGGGCGACUACUCGUUCAUGUUCUGCACCGCACCCCGCGACUCGCGCCCUGGACUUGGCUGGCGGCCCAUACCAAGCGACUUCCAGAGCAUCCUGACGUGGCAUUGUUUCGGCGACGAGCUUCCCGGCAAGAAGGUCGACGACGGCGUCUUGCUGAACGACGUCAUCGUCUUCCCGCUCGUAGCCCGACGCGACCCCGCAGAAGUGCAAAUGGAGCAGGAGUUGCUAGACCACAUACGUCUGUGGAUGAAGCAUGUCGCAGACUACCACGACGUACCAGAGGACGUGGAUGCCAGCAUGACUCUGCAGGAGAAGUCUUAUGCAGUCCUGAAGACCAUGGGCUUCACGGGCGAUGGUGGAUGGCACACCAUGGAAGGCUGCAUCUUCUAUCCGCAGACGAAGCUGCCUGAGGGCGCCGAGGGGACCAUCUGCGUCUCGCAUGGGGUGAGAUGGGUUUUCGGCGCGCCGGCCAUCGUUGCGAUAACGACGGGGGAUGCGGUGCAGUACGUAGUGGGUGUGGCCGUGAUUCACAUGGACUAUAGAUCGCCUACGACCGAGUUCCUGCUGAGAUGAGAUCCGCGUAAGUUUCGAGCCUGACGACUGUGAAUAUGUACUGUAUGUUGAUGUCUUGGGCGACGAGGAUUGGAUAUGGAAAUAACACUGUGGGGACCUUGUAUAAAACCUGUAACGUAUAUCUAGUGUUUCGGCCAUCUAUUUGCC